UGUUUUUGCUUGAGGAAGAUUGUCCCUGAGCUAACAUCUGUGUCCAUCUUCCUCUAUUUUGUAUGUGGGACACCGUCACAGCAUGGCUUGUUGAGCGGUGUGUAGGUCCAUGCCCGGGAUCCCAACUGAUGAUCCCCAGGCCGCUGAAGUGGAACGUGCAAACUUAACCACUACACCACCGGGCCAGCCCCUAUAUAAGUCUCUUUUAAUCUCCAAGUUCCUCCUCCCUCUUUUUCUCUUGCAAUUAAAAGAAAAUAAACUGGGUUGUUUGUGCUGCAGAGCCCUAAUCUCUCUUGAACCCACUUCAAUCAGGCUUUAAUCCCCACAACUCCACCAAAACUGUUCUUGUCAAGGUCAUCAGCAACCUGUAUGUUACUAAAUCAGUCAGUUCUCAGUCCUCAUCUCACAUAACCAUCAGUUGCUCACUUUCUCCUCCCAAAAGCACUUUCUUCACUUAGCUUCUCAGACACCACACUCCUGGUUUUCCUCCCACCUCAUCGGCCAUUCCUCCUUAGCCUCCAGUGCUGGCUCCUCCUCUCCCUGUCUCCCCUGGGGCAUUCUUAUCCAUCUGCACUCAUUCCCUUAGAGAUCUCUUACAGCAUCAUAGCUUUAAAUUCCUUUGUAUCAGUCAGGAUAGGCUAAAUUAUGCUGAGGUUACAAACGACCCCAAAAUCUCAGCAGCUUAUAAAAACAAAGAUUUCUCAUUCAUGCUUCUUUUCCAUUGUGGGUUGGCUGCAUCUCUGCUCUAUGUCAUCAUUCCAGGACCAAGGCUGAAGGAGCAGCCCUUAUCUGGGACAUUGCCAGUCUCAUAGCAGAGUGAAGAGAAAAAGUGGCUAUCACGUAAUGGCUCUUAGUUCUGCUUGGGAAUAGCACGUAUCAAUUCUCACAUUACAGAGGGCAAAGCAAGUCACGUGGCUAAUCUUGAAGGCAAUGAGAUAAGGAUGUAUAAUCCUUCUGUAGGGAAGAGCAGCAAAUCUUUUGAACAAUAAUAAAAUUUACCAUACCAUCUGUAUGCUAUCAGUGGAUAUCUAAUAGACCUCUUAAACCCAACACUUCCAAAACUGAUCUCCUGAUCCUCCUUCCAUCCCAUAUUAUUCUCCCUACAUAGACUAUUCAGUUGAUAGCAACUCCAUCCCUCUGAUUGCCGCAGCCCAAAUCCCUGAAGUCAUUCUUGAUACGGAUCUCAAACCUUACAUCCAAUCCAUCAGGAAGUCCUGUCAGCUCUGCCUUCAAAAUAUAUCCAGAAUCUGACCACUUCUCAGCACUUCUUCUGCUACUAACCUGUUGUAAGUCACCAUCAUCUCUUGCCUGGAUGACUGCAGUAGUCUCCUGUAUGGUCUCGCUGCUUCUAGCCUUGCCUCCCCUCCCUCCAGUCUAUUCUUAACACAGCAGCCAGAGUGUUAAUCAAAGGCAGAACUCAUCACUCCCACUGCUGAAAACCCUCCAAUGGCUGCCUAUUUCUCAGAGUAAAAGCUACAGCCUUUACAAUGGUCUGCAAAGUCCUACAUGCUCUGCCUGCCCCCCCGCCCAUCUCAUUUCCUACCUAUCUCUCCUUCACUCACACACUUGCCUCCCUGCUGUUCCCUUGAACCUGUGCCUCAUGUCCAACUUAAGGCCUUUGCACUUACUGUUCCCUCUGCCUGGAGGGCUCUCCUCCUAGAUAUCUGCAUAAGUGACUCCCUCACCUUCUUCAAGUAUUUGCUCAAAUAUUACCUCCUCAGUUAUGCCUCCCCCGACUUCCAUAUUUAAAAUUGCAACCCUCCCCCCAUUUCCUUGGCACUUCCAAUUCCCCUUAUCCUGUUCUAUAUUUUUUCCCAUAGCACUUAUUAUCUUCUUACAAAUUAUUUAAUGUACUCUUUAUUAUCUGUCUGCUGCCACUAGAAAGUAACCUCCGCAAGGACUCAGAUUUUUGUCACUUUUGCUCCUUGAUGUCUCCCAAAUGCUUAAAGGAGUGUCUGAUAGUAGGCACUCCACAAAUACUCGUUAAAUGAUAGAAUGAACGUGAGUGAAAAAAGCAAGAUGCAGAAGAAUACGUACUGCAUGAUACUUUAUAAAGUUCCAAAACAAGAAAAUGUUUAAAAAUAUUGUUCAGGGAAUUGUACACACACACAGUAUUUUAAUGCACAUUAGUAAGGGAAUGGUAACAUUUUGGAUAGUGGUUAUCUCUUAGAGUAAGGAUGAGAGAGAAGACACUUCAAUAGUAUUGAUCAUGUUCUAUUUCUUAAGUUGGGGAGUUGGUUCCUGGGUCUCUAUUUAUCAUGCUUCCUAACUUACAUAUGGGUUAUAUAUAUUCUCCUAUGUAUAUCAACUAUUUCACAUUUACAAAAUGGUUUUUUAAAAAAAGACCGGAACUAGCUAUAGGAGGAGUUGAGGAAUGGUGUUCCAAACAAAGGAACACCUUGUACAAAGGCCCUGAGGUGGGAACAGUUGUUGUGUUGGAGGACUUGAUAGGAGGCCAGUGUGCCUAGAGCACUGUAAGCAAGGGAGACAGUGGCAUGAGAUGAAUUGGAGAGAUAUGCAGGAACUGGAUCUUGAAAGCCCAAAUGGUAAGAAGUUUGGAUCUGAUUCUAAGUGCAGUGGGAACCCAAUGGAGGAUUUUAAGCAGGUGAGCAGCAUGUUCAGAUUUAUGUUUGCAAAAGUGUUUUUGGCUGUGGCUUUGGCACAUGCCAAAAGCGGGCUCCCCAAAAUAUGAAGGAACACAGGCAAAUUUAAGCCCUUUAGCCUUUCAUUUGACUAGAGAAUAAGUAAUAAAAAUAACUAAAGGGGGAAUGGUGGUGCUGUUCACUGAAAUGGGGAAAACUGAAUAGAGCAUAAUGUGACAGGGGGAGGGCUGUAAAUGAGUUUGAGACUUGGAAAGGUGAGCAGGGGUCAGAUUAUGAAGACCCCUAUAAAUCUGGCAGAGGGGAGUGGACUUUAUCUUGUAAAUACUGGGGAAUCAUUUGCUUUAAAGCCGCUUUUAAAGGUUUUAAACUGAGGUGUGCCAUGGUCAGAUUUGCUUUCAGAAAGAUCACUCUGGUAGCCAGUGCAGUGAAAGAAGUAGAGAAAGUAACACUGGAGCAAGGGAGGCCAGUGAGGCUCCUGGGAAUACUGUCUGGCACCAGAUUGUGAGGCCUGAAUUAGAGUGGUGACAGCAGAGAUGGAGGACACAAAUAUGAAAUAUAUUAGGAAGUAAAAUCAGUAGGAAUCAAUAACUGGUGACAUACUGUGGGGAGAAAGGAAAGGGGAUGGCCACGUAGUCAAGGAUGAUGGUCAGCACUGAUUGGCCAUUCCACCUCACCCUUACUCCAGAUGUAUAAGGUAGACCUGUCACCAGAUCCCAAGGAGGUAGCAGCCAUCGAGGCUAGAAGAAAUCGAGAAAAGGAGCGACAGAGCCGAAUCUUCAAUGUGCGGACCCGAGUCAUGGGGGUGGAUGUUGAAGCCCUGAACAGCCAGGUGGAAGAACGAAAGCUUCGGGAGGCAACAGAGCAGAGCAAGGAGGCAGCUUAUGAUAUGCUCAGUGACCAGCUGCGCCUAGCCAUGGACAUGCGGGCCACCCAGCUGGCCAAGCUGGAGGAGUCCUGUCGUGUGGCCAUGAUGUCUGCCAUGGCCAACGCCAACAAAGCCCAGGCAGCUGAGCUGGCUGAGCGGCAGUGCCGUGAGCAUCAGCAUGAACAGGAGGCCAACCUCAUGGAGAUCCAGAACCAGAUUAUGAGCGACUUGCUGACUGAGAACCCCCAGGUCGCCCAACACCCUAUGGCUCCCCACCGGGUCCUGCCCUAUUGUUGGAAGGGCAUGACUCCAGAGCAGCGAGCUGCCAUCAGAAAAGUCCAGGAGGCACAAUGCUCUGAAAAGGAGGCACAGCGCCAGGCUGAACAAGCACUGGAUGCCAAAUGGGAAAGCCAGGCCAUGCGCUCAGCCCAGGCAGCAAUGGAGCUAGAAGAGCAGGAGAGGGAACUGUGUGCUGAAUUUCGGAGAGGGCUGGGUUCCUUCAACCAGCAGCUGGCUAAGGAGCAAAAUGCCCAGUGAGUUCUAGGGGGUGGCAGCAGGGAUGAAUGCCAAGGGAGAGUGGGGAGGGAUGGCAAGGGCCAGGGAGAGAGGGAAAGCCCAUCAGCUGAGGCCUCUGGACUUCUUUCACAGGCAGAAUUAUCUGAAUUCAAUAAUCUACACCAAUCAACCUACAGCCCAAUAUCAUCUACAGUUCAACACCAGCAGCCGCUGAGCUCAGGAUAGUCAUCUCUCCCUCCUCCCCCUUCAAGCUCACAGAGGCCAGGAGUCAGAGAGGAAUAUGCUGCAGACCCCCUUCCCCAAUCCAUUCCCCAGAGGGAGAGAGCUGAGCCAAUACCCCCACCUUCAACCCUAAGUAAUAAAGUUAUUCAC